AUGCCACCUCAAACCCAAGCGAUUCAACAUAGCGAAAGUGUGGGGGAGAAGAAGCGGAAACCUGUGCGCCGUGACCCGGAGAAGAGGCGGCAACAGAACAUUCAAGCCCAACGCAGAUACCGAGAAAAGCUCCGUGAGCGCUUAGGUCGCCUCGAAGCGCUGGCAGAGUCUGCGGGACAGACCCCGGCCUUUAAAAGCACCCCAGCUGUUGGCAUACAACCAAGUGGGGCGAUCACAGCGUCUGGCCUACCCAACGCUUCAAGUAGUAUCGUUCCAAAGACCCUUCCACUCUAUGAUGCUUCGGAUGUAUCGGUUCCGUGUACAUCUGUGGCCACUCUUGGUAAUUGCCAGCAACUUGUCCCAGCUUCAGCUGAGAGUCCAUCGGCACUAUACACAUCAGAUUCCACCAUAACACCCUAUCUAUAUUCUGAUGAAUCUCCCUCAGCCCUAAGUGUAUGGGACCCUCCAUCAUGUAUCGAUCCCUCUCUUCUCAUUAGCGAUAAGCCCAGUGACAGCCUGGAGUUGUACUGGACAACCACCAUUGACUGCGGCUGUACCAGCCCGCAUUUCCGAAUACAGACAGAAUGUCCAGACCUUCUCGGCCAUAAUGAAGUCAGAAUAUUCAGAUUUGGCACGAAUACAACUACAGCCGAUCCAUAUACCAACAGUCUUCGCAUCGACCGAGUUUGCACCAUCGCUGCAAUUCUUGAUCUUGUCAGGCAUGUGGGCGUUACAGAGGAAGAGUUAUGUGCUGACGAAUCCCUCUCGCCAUUCUUUCGGCCCGCUGCGGUGAUGGUAGACGAGGCAGCCAAGAGAAAUCUGAUCCGCACAGUACAGGAAACUUUCAAGUCUCUAAAGCCAGAUCUGAGGCCAUUCCAAGAACAAAUUACUAUCGAGCACCAUCCGAUGAUAGACAUUCUACCAUUCCGAACGCUACGAAGGAACCUCAUCACUCGCCAGCACGAUAUAGAUGAGGAUGAGUUCUUCAACGAUAUGCUUUCUGGCUUAGUGUGCUGGGGAGGUGCGGGCAUUGGGAAGAGGGAUCGGCAAGUCUCCACUGGGUAUGCUUCGACUGCGAAUGACAGCAGAAGUGUGCAGUAUGCUCCGGCUGGAUCUAUCUGCGAGACUCUCAACCUCUACCAGACGGAGCCUAGUUAUAACGGCAUUAAGUCAUGGACUAGAGAGCCCGCCGCCGGUAUCGUGGAGCCAGUAAGGGCCCCUGAGUCCGGCCAGUACGCGCUUCUUGUUCGAAAUAUCAAAUGCUCCAGUGGACACGGAAGGCUCGAAGUCGACUCGAUAGUUGUGCAGAGUGAACAUCUCAAAGGGGUCUUGGCUAGGGUCAUGGAUGGCUACCCUGGCAUUACUAUGUCCCUCGAGCGCGUAGAGUUCAGCAAGCCCUUUCAACCGUUUGUCCACCGCUGGGAAUUGUUUUCCGAAGCUAGAGACAACGAGUCCGACGCGCAAGCUAAGGCCCACAUAGAUCUACUGUAUGGGGUCCUGGCAAUCGAACUCAGCGAUAUCAUCACGAACAAGCAGAACCUUGUCCUUAACGGCAUGAUCACUUUCGACAUGCUCUGGACCAUCUUUGAACCGGGUCAAAUAGUUCUCAGUACCGUGAAUGAUUGCAAGCGCGCCUUUCGUUUUGAAAUGUGUUGGGUCGAUUCAGACUACGAAAUUCAAGCCGUUUACAUUGAUUAUAAUGGCUACGAAAUUGGGUACAGGAAAUACACCCUCUACAUUCCAGCCUUUGAAGGCACCAAGCCUAUCAUGUCCUUGCCAAUGAUUCCCUUUAUGUUCCAUAAUGAUAAGGACACGCUGCGCGAAAGCCUGACCCUUCGUGGAAAGCUCUGGUAUCAGCACGAAGGCCAUCACCACAAGCAUUACCAAGGAUUAGCUUUGACAUCCUAUGGUGGUCAAGAGAUUAGGUACAAAAUAAACAGCCGAGUUAUCAUUGACACGGAGGCAUAUCUCGCGUUCCACUCGGAUAAAUUUUCAAUAAGCUUGAUAGAUAUAUCCGACUCACCUUCUGAUGAAGACUUUCUGAUCGCAACUUCAGUCCUACGUGGUUACUCUCUCAAAGACAGAAAAUGGCUGGAACUUUGCAUCGACGGUGUAUCGGAUAUUGUCUGGAAAUCGCGACCGUUUAAAUCUCUGGUACUGCCUGACGGCGAGGCCAAAGAUCUCAAGGACCUGGUUCUUGCGUUCGCGACUUCUCAGUCAAAGAAAUCCGAUGUAUCUGACGAUUUGCUUCAAGGCAAUGGCCGCAAUGUCAUCAUGCUCCUUCAUGGUCCCCCUGGCAACGCGGGAGCGCUAGGAACAACUGCUGCGCAAAUUAAGGAGAGCCUGAGCUUUGUCCUGCGUAUGGUUCCGAAAUGGGGCGCUGUACUUCUUCUAGAGGAGGCCGAUAUUCUCACACAGAAACACAACCCCAGCGAUCCCCAGAAAAAGGCGCUAUCCCAUGUAUUCUUACCACUACUGGAAUACUUUGAGGGGAUUAUAUUUUUGGCUAGAAAUCGUGUCGAGACCAUGGACCCUGCCUUGGAAUCCCAUAUCGCUGUUGCCAUCCACUAUCCCGAACUCGACUCGGAGUCCCGCCGCCAUAUCUGGAUCCGUUUACUCGGAAAGUCGGAUCGAAAAGCAUUCUCUGGGAGUGAGCUUUUCGAUCUGGAGGGUUAUGAAUUGAACGGAAGAGAAAUCAGAAACGUGCUAAAAGCAGCCAGAGUUCUCGCCCGCUAUCAGGAAACCAAGCUCAGCUAUGAACAUGUCUCAAAAGUCCUGAAGUUUACGUACCCUGAGCGGGACGAGUAUUAA